AUGGAAGGUGGUGAGCUAUUCAACCGUAUUCGCCAACGAAAAGACGAUCCAUAUACUGAACGUGAUGCUGCAAGAUACAUUUGGAUGAUAGUUCAAGCUGUUUAUCAUUUACAUAAAAUGGAUAUCGCUCAUCGUACAUUCACACCGUAUUAUGUUGCACCAGAGAUUUUAUCUCAUGGAAGAUAUGAUAAAGCCUGUGAUAUUUGGUCAAUGGGUGUGAUUAUGUACAUUCUUUUAUGUGGUUAUCCACCUUUCUUUCCGAAAGGUGACCAGCAGCUUAGCAUUGGUAUGAAGAGUAGAAUCAAGACCGGUAAUUAUCAAUUUCCGGAUGAUGAAUGGAGAAAUAUCUCAGAAGAAAGUAAAUCGAUUAUUCAACGAAUGCUUACAGUUGAUCCAGCUAAACGUAUUACAAUUGGUGAAAUUCUUACAUCUACAUGGCUUACUGAAUUGACAUCUGAAAGACCAAUCGAUAUGACUGUACUUCAAGAUGUCGAAACUCUACAAGAAUUAGAAGUCGCAGUUGCAUCUGCUAAUGAUAUCCAGCGUCGAACCGACGAUGAUUUCGACAUUCGUAUAUCUGGACCAGAAGCAUCACGUAAUGUUAAACGAGCAGCCAAACGAAAACAACAAAUUACUGUUACUGGUCAAGCUCAUCAUAUAGCAAAUAAUAAAUUCGAAUAUUAUCAUGAUAAGAGUUCAGCGAACAUAAUCAAAUAA